GAUUAUAUAGCAUUAAUUAAAUGAAUCUAUCUAUGUUUGCACAAGCUUGUUUGUUGUAAAUCAGUAUGACUUGGUACUAGAUCUUAUGUGAUGCCUAUCGUUAGAUCAGUACAAUGCAUAUCCCUUCUGUGGUUAAUUUUCUCUGAUGCUGUAGUGACCAUUUGGCAGUAAGCAGAUAAUACUACUGUACUAGAUACGCAACCGUGGCCAUUUCCUAAUUGUAAAUUCCUCCCCUAUUUGCAGGUUCUUGAGAGAGAGAAAAUCAUGAAGACUUUCCAGGACAUUACAGAAAGACUUGAACAAGCCUUAGCUGGUAUCUCAUUUGAUGAGCUUAACAUAUCAGAUGAAGUAAGAGAGCAGGUUGAAUUGGUGCAUGCUCAGUUCAAAAGAGCUAAGGAACGAUCGGAUUCAUCCGAUGACGAUCUUUUUAAUGAUCUGAUGUCCGUCUAUAAUUCAAGUAGCAGUGCUAAUGUUGACCCUGAUAUUCUUCGAAGGUUAUCUGAGAAGUUGCAGCUUGUCACAAUAUAUGACCUCAAUCAAGAAUCUCUUACCUUGCAUGAGAUGGCUAGUGGCGGUGAUCCUGGUGCAAUUGUUGAAAAGAUGUCGAUGCUCCUGAAGAGGAUCAAGGAUUUUGUGCAGACUCAAGACCCUGAAAUGGGUGCUCAAGCAAGUACAACAGACAUUUCCCCAAAAGACAACUCAGCAUGUCCUGCUAUUCCUGAUGAUUUCCGUUGUCCAAUAUCACUGGAUUUAAUGAAAGACCCAGUUAUUGUCGCCACUGGGCAGACUUAUGAGCGAGGGUGCAUAGAGAGGUGGCUGGAGGCUGGACAUGACACCUGUCCGAAGACACAGCAGAAGCUUCCGAAUAAAUCCCUGACUCCAAAUUAUGUCCUUCGCAGCCUCAUAACUCAAUGGUGUGAGGCGAAUGGUAUCGAGCCGCCAAAACGCUCUGCUCAACUUAGUAAUGCACCAAAGCCAUGUACUGCUGCUGAGCAUAACAAUGUUGUUGAGCUUCUUCAGAAACUCUCAUCCCAAAACCUUGAAGAUCAGCGGGGUGCUGCUGGUAUGCUUCGUCAGCUUGCCAAGCGUAGUGCUGAAAAUCGUGCUUGUAUUGGAGAUGCUGGUGCUAUUCCUAUUCUUGUUAGCCUGCUAUCAACCACUGAUGUUAGCACCCAGGAGCAUGUGGUUACUGCCCUCUUGAAUCUAUCCAUCUACGAAGAGAACAAGGCAAGAAUAAUCACCUCUGGAGCUGUUCCUGGAAUUGUGCAUGUAUUAAAGAGGGGCAGCAUGGAGGCUCGGGAAAAUUCAGCUGCCACGCUGUUCAGCCUCUCAAUUGUAGAUGAGAACAAGGUGACUAUUGGGGCUUCUGGGGCAAUUCCUGCGCUUGUACAGCUAUUGAGUAAUGGAAGUCAACGGGGUAAAAAGGAUGCAGCAACAGCACUAUUUAACCUGUGCAUUUAUCAGGGCAACAAGGGCAAAGCUGUUAGAGCUGGAUUGGUUCCUAUACUACUAGAACUACUCACAGAGACUGAAAGUGGGAUGGUAGAUGAGGCCCUUGCAAUAUUGGCAAUCCUCUCUGGACAUCCUGAGGGAAAAGCCGCUAUUGGUGCUGCUUCUGCAAUACCUGUUCUUGUUGGAGUUAUCAGAAAUGGAUCCGCAAGGAACAAGGAAAAUGCAGCUGCUGUAAUGGUGCAUCUCUGCAAUGGCGAACAGCAGCAACAGCAUCUUGCUGAAGCGCAGGAGCAGGGUAUUGUGUCUUUGCUGGAGGAGCUAGCAGAAAGUGGCACAGACAGAGGAAAGAGGAAAGCAAUCCAGCUGCUCGAACGAAUGAAUCGGUUCCUAAAGCAGCAGAGUCAAGCCCAAGCCCAAGCAGAGGCCAUGGCGCAGGUUCAUGCGCAGGCACAAGCACAGGCUCUGGCUCUUGUUGAAGCUCAAGCGCAGGCAGAUAUGCAAGCAGAGCGAUCACUGCUUCCCACAUCAUCAUCACAUAUUCCUGAUUGAUGAGGUGACUGACCAGCAACUUCUUCCCUGUAGUUAGUGGCUCGUUUUUGGCCAGAGCUGGCAGGUGGAAGAUCGCCUGCAAUAGCUAUCGCCAAGGUGGUUUGUGGGUUCUGCUGUGCACUGCAAAUUAGGAUGUCUGGGCAGCGUGAUCUAGGGCCAUUGGCAUGUUGACGAGUGAGUUUUGAGGCAGCUGUUGUUAACCUGCGUGUGCUGUUCCUACAAUGUGUACCGGUGAUUGAAUGUAGUAUCCUCGAGUUUUAGGGAGGUGUCGUUGUACUUGUACCCAGUGCCCAGUACAGAACUAAUUUCUGGCAUCCUAGGUUGUUACAUGCCUGACAAAGAGCUGCAGUAAAGCUUUAGUUCAAGUGUUUGCUCAUCCCAACCCUUGUUCUAUCUUGAAUUACUGAUAGUGGAGCAUUGGGACAUUUUGCCCUAGUGGAAUGAUCUUGGGUUUGUACUUUGUAGCACAGCUGGUCAGGUGUAAAUUCUGUCCAGUUUCAUGUUUUUUCCCUCAUCUCUUC